GGGGCGGCACAUGAGGCCCCGCCCCCGCUAGCGGGAGAGACGGCCGCGCAGGCGCAGUUUCUUCUGGUUGUAGACGCGGCUGCUCGGCCCGGCAGGUAAAUAACAGAUGCGGGUGAAAGAGCCAUCCAAAGCUUUAACUGAGAAAGCCAAAAGAAGUAAAAGACCUACUAUACCUCAUGAUGAAGACUCUUCAGAUGACAUUGCUGUAGGUUUCACUUGCCAACAUGUAAGCCAUGCUAUCAAUGUGAAUCAUGUGAAAAGAGCAAUAACUGAGAAUCUGUGGUCAGUUUGCUCGGAAUGUUUAAAAGAGAGACGAUUCUCUGAUGGACAGCCAGUACUGCUUUCUGAUAUUUGGUUGUGCCUCAAGUGUGGUUUUCAGGGAUGUGGUAAGAACUCAGAAAGCCAGCAUUCAGUGAAGCACUUCAAUAGUUGGAGAGCAGAGCUUCAUUGUAUUAUAAUUAGCCUAAGCACAUGGAUUAUAUGGUGUUAUGAGUGUGAUGAGAAAUUAUCAACACAUUGUAAUAAGAAGGUUUUGGCUCAGAUAGUUGAUUUUCUCCAGAAACAUGUUUCUAAAACACAAACAAAUGCAUUUUCUAGAAUCAUAAAACUUUGUGAAGAAAAAUAUGAAACAGGUGAAAAGAAUAAGGGAAGAAAAAGCAGCAGUGUAACAUCUGUAAAAGGAAUUACGAAUUUAGGAAAUACCUGCUUUUUUAAUGCAGUCAUGCAGAAUUUGGCACAGUCUUACAUUCUUACUGAACUGAUGAAUGAGAUCAAAGAACAUGGUGUGAAACUCAGGAUUGUUCCUUCCUUAGACUCUCAACUGGACCCAUUAGUGGUGGAACUUUCAAGCCCUGGACCGUUGACCUCAGCCUUGUUCCUGUUUCUUCACAGCAUGAAGGAGACUGAAAAAGGACCACUUUCUCCUAAAAUUCUUUUUAAUCAGCUUUGUCAGAAGGCCCCUGGAUUUAAAAGUCUCCAGCAGCAGGACAGUCAGGAGCUUCUUCAUUAUCUUCUGGAUGCAGUCAGGACAGAAGAAACAAAGCGAAUACAAGCUGGCAUUCUAAAAGCGUUUAACAACCCAACUACUAAAACUGCUGAUGAUGAAACUAGAAAAAAAGUCAAAGCAUAUGGAAGAGAAGGUGUGAAAAUGAACUUCAUAGAUCGUAUCUUUAUUGGUGAAUUAACUAGCACGGUCAUGUGUGAAGAAUGUGCAAAUAUCUCCACAGUGAAAGAUCCUUUUAUUGAUAUUUCACUUCCUAUAAUAGAAGAGAGGGUUUCAAAACCUGUACUUUUGGGAAGAACGAGUAAAUAUAGAAGCUUACAGGAGACAGAUAAUAGUCAGUACAGUGGCUCUGUUACUGUAGAAAAUACUCAGCAACCCAAAGCCACCAAGAAGCAUUCUCCAUCUAAAGAUAUGAAUCAACUAAUUCAUGGCAGAAAAUGUAUAAGAAAAUUGUCAUCUGGAGAUGAUAAGGCUGCUGUCAUGUACCAGAAAAACGAAAACCUUGAAACGGAUGGAGGCUCUUCAUUGUUUGCAAGCGUCAGGAGCACUGAGUCCACUCUGACUGAAAGCCCUACCGAUGGCAGUGAAAAAGAAGCCAGCCUUUCUGACAGCAGUGUUGAUGCUGACAGUGAGGCUUCAGAGUCUGAAAGUGCCCCUAAACAGACUUUGUUGUUGAGGUCUGGCAACAGCUACUGUGUGCACACAAAUGGACACCUUCGCCACCCAUCAGAAAGUGAACCACCCGCCAGGGAGAGUGACAGCGGUGAUGACGGAGUGGCUCAAGCUGUUUCUGAACUUCGUUUGAGCAGCGCUGUAGCUGGAGAUGGGGAUUUUGACCGAGAAAAUCCGCUGCUAAAUGUUUCAAAUAAUUUAUGUUUUUCAGAGAAUAAGCAAAUGGUGCCUCAAGGCCCCCAAAAUGCUUUUCAGACCCUUUCUCAGAGUUAUAUAACCACUUCUAAAGAAUGUUCAAUUCAAUCCUGUCUCUAUCAGUUUACGUCUAUGGAAUUACUAAUGGGGAAUAACAAACUUCUGUGUGAGCACUGUACUGAAAAGAAGCAGAAGUACCAAAAGGAAACCAGUUCUGCAGAAAAGAAAGCAGAAGGGGUUUAUACAAAUGCCAGGAAGCAACUGCUCAUUUCUGCUGUUCCAGCUAUCCUAAUUCUCCAUCUUAAAAGAUUUCAUCAGGCUGGCUUGAGUCUUCGCAAAGUAAACAGACAUGUGGAUUUUCCACUUACGCUUGAUUUAGCACCAUUCUGUUCUGCCACUUGUAAGAAUGUAUGUGUGGGUGAUAAAGUUCUCUAUGGUCUGUAUGGCGUAGUAGAACACAGUGGCUCAAUGAGAGGAGGUCACUACACUGCUUAUGUGAAAGUGAGAACACCCUCCAGGAAAUUAUUGGAACAUAUCACUGGAAAGAAAAAUAUACCAGGUUUGAAAGAACCUGAUAGUGAAUCAGCAGGCCAGUGGGUCCAUGUUAGUGACACUUAUGUGCAGGUGGUUCCAGAAUCAAGAGCACUAAGUGCACAAGCGUACCUUCUUUUUUAUGAAAGAAUAUUCUAAUUAUCUGUUAAUUAUUAAUGGCAAUGAUUAUUUAGAUCACUUUUAUUUAAAUGCUGCAAUGAUAACCAUAAUAUGCAAUGUGCCUUUCUUUGUAGUCUUUUUCUCUUCUGUAUGUAUAGCAUAUCCCUCAACUGCUCCUGAACAUUCUUAUCAUCUGGGGUAUCCUUUUUAAAAAAAAAAAAUCAGAUUUACUAAAUGCUUUCAAAAUUAUAUUCUUAAAAUAAAGCUAAACAUGUAUUUUUAAAAAUAUAUUUAUCCUUGAAAAAACCCAGAAUUUACAGUAGUAGAGGAAACCCUUUUAUGAUGUGGCUUAUCACAAGCAUUCAGAAAUGAUGCUGGCUAAAUCAAAUCGUUCCUUAAAACAGUCACAUCCCACCUUUCUGUUCUCAUGUGUAUGUGUGUAUACACACACACACACACACACACACACACACACACACACACAUAGACAUAUAUGUAUAUAUCCUAUGUCAUUGUUUACUUAUUAUUUUUAACCUUACCUUUUAGCCUUUUUAAAUCAUAGUUUUAUUUUGGGCAUAUUCCACAUUGUAUGUGCUAGCUGUGUCUUUUCCAAAUAAACAUUAAAAUAAGAAUAUAAAUAUUUAAGAAAAAUUGUUCAUUCAUGAAGCACUCCACUUAAAAUUAUCUCAGGGCUAUGUAUAUACUGCUUGAUGGGAAAUAUUAGCUGUAACAUGUACUUACACAAUUGGCAUAGUGACCUUGUUCUAUUUUGUAUGAUUCAACCAUAUAAAAAGGUAGCUUUAGUAAUAUGGAUUUACAAAUAAUAUGUUAUUUAGCUUAUUGCUUUGGGGUUUUGAGAACUAGAAAAAUAUUGAAAUAUUUUUCAAUAUAUUAUUUGCAGUCUAUUCAUGGUGAAGUUGAGGAUAAUUUGCAAGUUAUGUGCCAAGGUCAAAAAUAUAUUUAUAGAUGCAACAUGUGAAAUUGAUAAAUUUUAAUUGUUGAUCCAUAUGGGACCAUAAGAUACCUUUAAAAUGUAAAUGACCAAAUCAUAUUUACAAGUAAUAGAGAAUUAUAUUCUUAUUAUACUUAGCAGGAAAACAUAAUGCAUUUUCUAGUUCUAUAGGUCAGUAAAUAUUAAUCAUGGUUUUAAGGUUUUGGAAUCACCUUUUGUCUUCAGCAAGCAUCAUAAGUUCAAGUGUGUUUAGUUUUUAUUAUUUUAAUGGGCAUAAGGUUGGCAUUUUUUUAUCUUCUUUUAAAAUCAUUAAUAGCAAAAAUAUGGUAGUUUUCCCCCCAGAAUACAAAUUAUUAAGCUGACAAAAUUUGGCAUGAAAAUGUUAUCAUUACUUAGGCUUACCUGUUUAAAAAAGGACAAUUUUGGUAAACCAGCUAUAAUGGAAAGAAUAAAAAUCAUUUUAAAAAAAGAUAAAAAAGGGGGAAAAAAUGUAAUUGUAAUGUAUACAUGUAAGGAUAACCUGACCCCCUUGCUGUACAGUGGGAAAAUUAAAAAAAUUAUUAAAAAAAAAAAAAAAGAUAAAAAAGGACAAUUUUGGUCUUACCUUUUUGGGGGGUGUCUUUUUUUUUUUUAAGGCCGCACCAACAGCAUAUGGAGGUUCCCAGGCUAGGGGUUGAAUCAGAGCUGUGGCCGCUGGCCUACGCCACAGCCAUAGCAAUGCAGGAACCAAGCGGCAUCUGGCACCUACACCACAGCUCACGGCAAUGCCAGAUCCUUAACCCACAGAGCAAGGCCAGGGAUCGAAGCCGCAUCAUCAGAUACUAGUCAGAUUCAUUUCCACUGAGCCACGACGGGCACUCCCUAGUCAUACAUUUUUUUUUUUUUUUUUGGCUUUUUGCCAUACAUUUUUAAAUCAAAACAUAGCUGCAUAGUUCAAGCACAUCCAAAUCAUUAGUGCUGACGAAUGAUAGUACAGGCAGAUGUUGGUUAAGUGCCUGGUCCUAGUUCAUUCUCCUCUUGUUAAAGAAGGAUAAGUAUAGGGGCUGUAGAUAAUGUGUGGAAAUAUUGAACGAAGACUCUGACCCUCCUUGAUAUGUAAGUAUCAAGGUUACCAGUGCUGCCUUUUGAUAUAUGGAUGAAUAGAAUUAGCAAGGUUGCCAGUGUUGCCUUUUGACAUAUGAAUUAUGAUUGGUGUUAAAGAUGGUAAUAUACAAAAUUCAGAGGUUAAAAUGUCAUUGCACAAAUUCUGUUUUUAAGGUAUUGAAAUUUCAAUAGUAGUGUUUUUCUUGAUUUUUAACAGAAAUGAUGGAGAAAUAGAGCUUUAUAAAUUAUUCUACAAACUCAGGUUGUGUCUUAUAAAAGGCAAAUAGUGUUUAAAGUUUAUUUCAUUGUUAUCCAUUAACAUUAAAGCUUUCAGUACCAGAGCAGUGACAUUUUUUGGAAAAAUAUUAGUUAAAUCUCUUUAUUUGAAUCAGACAUCCUGGUAAUGACAGUUAGCAUCACCUCCCCCAAAUGUAAAUAUUAAGAUGUCUCAUUUUUCUCCUAGAAAAGACAGCAGAGGUAUGCACUUUUCAUUGGACAGUUACUUCUUAUUGUGUUGAUAGAUGGAUAGAGGAAAGAGAGAGAGAAGGAAAGAAAGAGUGAAGGGAAGAAAGAAAGGAAAGAAAUAAGAGCAUUCUUUUCUGUUGCUUUUUGGCUUAUCCCUUACUCAUUUAUGUCAGAGAUGUGAGGGGUAGGUGACGGCAAGGAGUGUGCCUUGUUCCUCCUUUCAUUGAUAAGAUGCCAGGAAACAAACUCGUGCUGUAUUUAUCAAAUAGGAGAUCUUUUAAGCUUUAUUGGAAAUACCAGUUAAGACUGAUUUUUUCAUUAAAUGAAUGAUGUACUGUAGCUCAGAACAUUACCUCAGUACUCAAGUAAUAUAGUAAUUUUUAUGCUUAACUUCACAUUUAUUCAUUAAGUAUAUAUUUAUUGAACAUCUACUAAGGAUCAGGCACUGUGCUGACACUAUUUUAACAUGUUUUAAAAUGAAGAGGCCUGUACAUGUUUUAGACAUUCUUCUUCUUCUGAUUGUUUUGUUUUUUUUUUUUUUUUUUUUUUUUAGGGCCACACCUGCAACAUAUGGAAGUUCCCAGGCUAGGGGUCGAAUUGGAACUAUAACUGCAGGCCUACACCACGGCCACAGCAAUGCUGGAUCCUUAACCCAUUGAGUGGGGCCAGGGAUAAAAUCUGAGUCCUCAUGGAUACUUGUUGGGUUCAUUUCUGCUGAGCCACAACAGGAACUCCUGGAUAUUAUUCUAGAAGUAACAAGAUACUUUAAUUUUCAUUUCCACAGUGUUAAAUGAGUUAAUUCUGAAAUCUGAUGUUUAGUUUAGUUUUUUUUUUAUGGCCUACAGUUUGUGAAUGCCUUGUUUUUCCGGGUCUGCUAGUGAUGGAAUAAAUUUGAUUUGAUACCUAAGAAUUUCCUAAAGAUAGCUUUUAUAAUAGAGAAGGUAUGUGAAGUUACACAUGGGCCUACGUUUAAAUUUUUGUCUUAUUUUGAAUAUUUCCAAAGCACAUUUGCAGGGGUAUUAAAUUGUGAAGCUCCUUUGAAAGUAGCUUCCAGAUGACCUCAGGAAAUAGUACAGAUCAGUGAGAAUGUUUACAGAUCCUCAAAACAACUACUACAGUGUUUAGCAAAAUAAAUUUGAGAGGUAAAACAGAAGUUUCCCUUGCUUUAUUUAGAGACUGGUAUACAGUGUAUAUCUAAACUUGUUUUCCUCUAUUUAAAAUGAUAGAUUUUUGACUGUAUGCCAGUUAUGUGACUAUUUUGACAUAACCAAAUACAUGUUUAUAUUUAAGACUUAGUCAAUGUUUUUAAAGCAAUGUGAAAACCACCUUUUUCUGUAGACAGGGAGAGUGGUAGUUGGUGUCAGUUCUAUGAGUCGUUGAUAUCAAUUUUGUUAUUUUAAAUGUGUCAACAAAGCUAUUUUAUUAUCAUAUAUUUAAUAGCUCUUAGUUUGCAUGUGUGACUUUAGUCAGUGAUUUUAUACAACCGAAUAAAAUUUCCUGAAGAAUAAGCUGUGAAAUGUAUCACCUUCAUCUAAUUUUUGAAGCAUAAAGUUGUAUUUUGCCUACUUUUAUUAAAUUCAUACUCGUAAUUUAAUUUGUUUGCAUGUUACCUGGUGAAAUAAGCCUAAAUCAGAUAAGUGCAAUAAAAGUGAUUCUUUAUAUAUUAUCUACUGUGUUAAGAAAGACUAUUUUUAGAUAUUUUAAGUGUUUUGGCUUAUGUAGAAAUCCAUCAAUUCAAAUCUGUUUAAAAGAUAGAUGACUAUAUUUUAAAUUUUGAGUAACAUUGAUUAUAUAUCAUUCCUACUAUUUUAUCUUUUUUUGCAGUGUUUCUGGAAAAUAGCUAUGUAACUUAUUGAGCAUUAUUUUGAUGUUACUGUAUAAAUAUGUAUAAUAAAUAUUAAAU